UUGUUGAGAAUUCGAGACAUUCAGAUCCUUCUAUACGUCUUCGAGAAUUCAUUAUGAAAUAUUCAAAGGCAAUUGCGAUACUUGACUGUUCUGACGUUAUGAAUCCGUCGAAGGGUGCAGAUCACUUAAUGGAAUUUUCUAAAAAAUUAGGAGAUGCUUUAAGUGGUAUCGGAUUUGCAUACUUAAUAAAUACUGGUGUUGAUCUGCGGAAGAUCGAUAGAGUGUACGAAGUAUCCAGAGAGUUUUUCGACAAGCCUGCAGAGAUAAAAAAUAAAAUGCGAAAACCACCAAGAGCCGCAUCAUUUCAUGGAUACGCCGGUCCCGGUGAUGAAUUACUCAACGAAUCCAGCCCGAACGCAACGGAAUUGAGAGAAUUUUUCGAUGUCACCGGACACAUUGAAAGCAAUGACGACAAGUACUUUCCCCAAGAAGUGCCCGGUUUCAAAAGUGCUUUCGACGAGGCACGAAAAGAGUGUUUGAAACUUACCGAGACAGUUUUGCGAUCUAUUGCCAUUUAUUUAGGCCUAGAAGUCGAUGAACUGUUGAAGAGACACACUCAUUUGUAUGAUAGAUCAGUGCCGACUCAAACAGUUAUGCGAAGCUCCAUGUAUUCACCGUUGAAAGACAACGACGUAGUUAAAGGUGCUAUUCGGUGCGGUGAACACUGCGAUUGGCACACAAUUACUCUUCUGUUUCAAGAUAUGGUUGGCGGUCUCGAGGUAAGAGACACAAACGCUGAAUGGAUCGCAGCCACUCCAAUAAAAGAUGCGAUUUUGUUAAACAGUGGCCAAUUAUUGGAAAUCUAUUCGGGAGGAAAACUACCAGCUACGCCACAUCGUAUCCGCAUAUUGAAUGAUCAUCGACUUCAUAUUCAUCCAAGGCAAAGUCUUGUAUACUGUCCGUCACCGGACGGAUUCGACGAUGUUGAACCGUUGGUGCCCAUUUUAAAAGAGCUGGGAAACCGAACUCGUUCGAUCUACGGGCCGCCUACUUACGACAAGGUGAAUGCCUAUGAAUGGGUCCGCAAUAGACAUGCUGCAGCGGCCAGUUACUGAUGGUAUGCGUCUUUACGUUAUUACUUAAUUAGUUUGGCGGUCGGUUAACGAGUACCGCAAAGAUUUUCGUGUUGGGAAAAUUAAAUAUUUUUGACUUUACUUUG